AUGGACAGCAACGGCCUGGGCAAGCUUCUGCCAAAGGCCAUCAAUGCCAAGCGGAAGAGCAGGAAGCAGAAGCUUGCGCGCGGGGCCGACGCCGACGCCGACGACGCGGCCAGUCGCCGGCCCUCGUCUGCCUCGACCGACUUGAGGGUCCGCGACGAGGCCGACGAGGCUGGCGACGACGGCGGCAGCUUUGCCUCGCACGAAUCCAGCGCUGCUGCCGUCGACUCUGCAGACCCGCGACGACCCGCAUCUGCCGCUCCACCAACAGCUCCCGCCAUCUCCGCCCAUCCGUCUCAAAUUGGCUACCUGACAACCUCGUCCCCCGUCAUCCAAGCCAACCACCUCGACUCCCAUCGACCGCUCUAUCAGCCGCCCUCGCGCUCGCAGAGCGAUCUCAGCAGCAUUGACGACAGACAUAACUCGUCGCCCGCCUCCGCAAGGAGCCAAAACGCCCUUGCCCGUUCCUCGACCCUCGACCCUCCGCCUCCCGCCAGGGUAGCUCCUCCGGAAGGACGGUCCAGGCCGCAGCCACGCAUCGAUACGCGACCGCCCCGAACUCCGCCCGCGUCCGAAAAUCCCGCCCCCGUCAUCGUAAGCACGCCCCCGACCCCCGUCGACCGAGUCGACACCGCUGGAAGCCCUCCGUCCGACAAUCUCAAGACGUCGCCGUUGAACGGCGGGAGUCCCCGAUCCAGCCCCGAUGGCAGUGGCCCCUCCCAGAGCAUGAGCACACACUGGAGGUCCAAGUCCGGAUCGUCCGCCACCAUACCCAGCAAGCUGUCCAACACCACCCUCGCCCCGCUCACACCCACCGCCGAGAGCGGCGAGGAGACGCCAAGCGCCCCUAGCUUCUUUUCCUCCGUCCUCUCCGCCGCCCAAAACGCCGCCAGCACACUGAGCAAUAACAUCCCCGGCACCACAAUCGGAGUUGCCGGCAACAAGAGCCGUUCCAGUCUGAAUAGGUCGCAGGGCUCGUCGGCUCCCAGCCAGGCCGGACCCGAGCUCGACCCGCCGGCCUCGGAGCCCCGACCUGACCAAGGCAUGGACCCGAAAAAGGACUUGGCGGUCCGCACUCUCGGAAGGGGCGACUUGAGCCUUAGCCAGCUCGGAAUCGCCGAGCCUGCUGGCUCCAUGGCCUCUCCGGCCAGCACCAAGAUCUCCGAGGCCGCCGAUGCGAGAACCAGGUCCGACUCGGCACCCGUCGAGUCCCAGGCACGGGCAAUAGACACCCUGCAGGAGGAACCGUCGAGCAGGCCGCGAUCCCUGGUGGAGGCGACGCUCGGCGAUCAGACGCCCCCCCCGGCCGAGCUGGACUCCAAAUCCCCCGUCCAGCGCGCCUCAAGCAUCCGGAGUGCCAUGCGGCCGCACAGGAAGAGAGGAAGCUCCGCCACGACGGGAAGCACGAGGACGGCGGUCGGGGCCGCCAUUGCAGCCGCCAACAGCUCGGUAAUGAAUCCGAGCGCCGGCUUCGGCGCCCCGAAGCUCACGGGCUUCGCCAUUGCUAGCAAGAGGCGGAACCGCGACUUUCACAAUCUCUUCAAGAGCGUGCCUGACGAUGACUAUCUCAUCGAGGACUACAGCUGCGCUCUGCAGCGCGAGAUUCUCGCGCACGGCCGGCUCUACGUCUCCGAAGGCCAUCUCUGCUUCAGCAGCAACAUUCUGGGCUGGACGACGACCUUGGUCAUGGGCUUUGACGAAAUCGUGUCCGUUGAAAAGAGAAGCACCGCGCUAGUCUUCAAGAACGGGCUCAUGAUUUCGACCCUGCACGCCAAGCACACGUUUGCCAGCUUUACCAGCCGAGACGCCACCUACGACCUCAUUGUCAAUAUCUGGAAGCUCGGGCACCCGACACUCAAGAGCACCCUCAACGGGGUCCGGCUCGAGGGCACGGGCGGUGACAAGACGGAAAAGGUGGACGCGGAGCCGUCGGCCCCAGACAACGACGUGCCGGCUGGCUCCGAGUCGGAUGAUGACAGCGGCGACGAUGACGAAGACGACUUCUACGACGAGGAAGAAAACGAACACGUCCCAGACACGCAGGCCACCGAACUGUCGGGCGCUGACGCCGAGUCGGAGAAGCCGCUGCUUAGGAAGGCGUCGGGCAUGACGGCCCCGAACGGCGCCCCGGCCGACGCGCCCAAGGAAGCCCCGUCGCCGCCCAGCACCGCCGCCGACUUUCCGGGGCCGGCGACUCAUGCGCCGACGGACUGCGGCGACUCGGCAUCUCACUACGAGAAAAUCGUCGGUGACGACGUCAUACCCGCGCCCCUCGGCAAAGUGUACAACCUUGUUUUCGGCCCCGGCUCGGUCGACUGGAUGACAAAGUGGUUGACGGGAGACCAGAAGUGCAGCGACUUGCAGAUGGAAGAUAAGAAGGGCCUGAGUCUAGACAACCGAACGCGAAACUACACGUACAUCAAGCCCCUCAACGCCUCAAUUGGCCCGAGACAGACCAAGUGCAUCGUGGCGGAGACGCUGGAGAAUCUCGACCUGGAAAAGGCGGUCAACCUGAGCAUCUCGACGCAGAACCCAGACGUUCCUAGCGGCAACGUGUUUUCCGUCAAGACCAAGUACUGCCUCUCGUGGGCCGAGAACAAUGCCACGCGUCUGCAGGUCAACUGUACCGUCGAAUGGACGGGCAAGAGCUGGCUCAAAGGACCGAUCGAAAAGGGCGUCAGUGACGGCCAAACGCAGCACUGCAAGGACCUGUUUGCGGCACUCAAGGCUUCGGUCUCGUCGCGGUCUCGGCUGAACACCACGCCGAACGGGCCCCCGAGAAUCAAGAAGAAGCUCAAGAGGAGCAAGGCGCUCCAGUCGGCCGAUGGCGGCUCCGAGAGCAGCGGCGGCCCAAGCCACACGGCCAUGAAGAACUGGGGGCUCCUGGAGCCGGUGCGGGGGCUGGUGGAGCCAUGCGUCGAUGUGGUGCGCCCGCUGCUGACAGGCAACGUCAUGUACGGGCUUUUGGUGGGCUUGCUGGUUGCCAUGUGGUUCGGAUUCGGGUCGGCGCCCAGCAAGAGCUCGGCGACAUAUGGCCCAGGCGUUGGCUUUUACAGCCCGUACCGGGUCGCGGCGUACGAGGAGAUGUGGCGACGAGAGGAGAGCGAGCUGUGGGAGUGGCUCGAGGAACGCGUCGGGCUGGAUCGACUCGGGUCGGAGGGCUCGCACGCGCGAAAGAAGACGCCGGAGCCGCGGAUCAUCGAGGAGAAGCUCAGAGAAGGGCGGAUGGACGAGAAGGAGGUGGAGGAGGCGAUUCGGGUGACGGAGGAGAAGCUCAAGGUGCUCCGGGGCGUGGUGGCCAAAACGAGCCGGAGCCAGCAGCGGGCCGGAGGUGGACGGAGAGAGGGCCGAUGA